GGUGGGCCUCUUGACAGACGCAUGAAAGAUCGGAGCUGCGGCAAAAUCAAGAGCGAGACAAUGCCGCCGUCCUCGCACACCAACUGGACGAGGCCGUUGCUCAAGAGUGGACAGACAAUGCAGAUGCAGGUUGCUAGGCAGCAGCAGCCGACGGUAACAAUGGCAACGACGACGUCUUCGAUGGCUAUUAGCACUGGAGCACAGAAUCAAAACACAGCGGAGCAUCCUGCGACACCGCUUGACAAGAGAAUCAAAGUAGUCCUAGUGGGCGACGGUGCAGUCGGUAAGACCAGCUUGGUGGUCUCAUACUCCACCAAUGGUUUUCCUGGGGAAUACGUGCCAACUGCAUUUGACAAUUACAACGUGGUCGUAAAUGUCGACGGGCAACCAUUGAAUGUCCAGCUAUGUGAUACAGCAGGCCAAGAUGACUUUGACCCUCUGAGAUCGUUGUGCUAUCCUGAGACAGAUGUGUUCCUAGUUUGCUUCAGUGUUGUAUGUCCCUCGUCUUACCACAGUGUGGCUUCCAGAUGGAUCAAUGAAGUGCGAAAAUACUGUCCUAAUGCUCCAAUAAUUUUGGUGGGGACAAAAAGCGACUUAAGAUCGGACGUACGUUUGAUGCUGCAACUGGCGCGAUAUGGGCAAUCAGCGAUUACUACUAUUCAGGGCCAUCAAUUGGCGCACAGACUAGGCGCCGUCAAUUAUGUAGAGACGUCUGCAUUAACGCAACACGACCUCAAGGAGGCCUUCGAUCAGGCGAUAGUCAGUGCCCUCAAUACGCGACGCGGAGGCGCCAAUUUAUUAUACCGGCGUAGGAAGCCGCCCCCGUUAUGGCGUAGAUGGUUGUGUUGCUGGGAACGGCCGUCUUCGAGCGAAACCUAAACAAUCCCUACUUUAAGUGAUAGGACUCUAUACUUUUUUAGAAUCCCUCUGUGAUCAUAGGCGGUCGCCCUCCUUUCUGUCAGAAUCGUCAUCCCUCAGCAUGGCAUACUCGGUAGCUAGCGUUGGUUAAGGAUUAUGCAAAAAUAGAGCAGCUAUUACUUUGUUAUUUAGAUUUUAGACAGGACGAUUAAUAGAUACUCGCGUGAGUGAGAAUCGAAAGCAACCCUGUAGUUACAUGUGAUGCUUUAAUACGGUUCACUCGGUUCAUAUCCAUGUAUCAUUUAACGUGCAAUUUUAUAUGUAUUUUAAAUACGUUUUUCACGCGUUUCACGAACUAACAAACUGCCAGAAUAAAAUGCCAAAAUAUGAUGUUGGUAAAGCCGCCAGAAAUAACGAUGCCUAAUUCGAAAGAAAAAAUAAAGGAUCCAUAAUAUUAAGGGUUGCUCGGCAAUAUCGCGGUACAGUUUACAAAUAUAUGAGUGACUUCGUCGAGAGUAAACGUUAAUCAAAUUAACAAUUCCGACAGACGGAGCAAGCGAGUGCCGCCCUCGUAAAAUUCCUGAAGCCGCACGGCAUAAUUUAUUGUAAUAUUAAUCGUAUUAAUCAUUAUUUUUGUUACUAGCAUAAUAAUUGGCUACUCGUUGGUUGUGAUUUUUCGUGUACGUAAUAUCCUUGUUUCGUCACGGUAAAAAUCGGUUGUUUCCCAUUUAUCCCCUUCUCCUAUCAAGGAUAUUAGGUGGCUUUUAUUGCGACCACUAUAGCGUAUAACAAUUGUAUAUUUUUUACUUGUUGCAACUUCUCGUAUAUAUAUAAAUAUAUAUUUAUUUUUUAAUAUCUUUGAUAUAUCGGUAUUUUAGAAUAAAGGUAGCUUUAACCGAACACUUUUUGCAGAUCGACGAUAUGAUCGUGACAUCACAUAUAGAAUUUAUAUAUAGUAUAUAAGUGUUCUAAGUUCUAAUAAUGGAACAAUGAUAUUUCGUAAAAUACGAUUUUUUAUAUAAGCAUAUGUGAUGUAGUAACGUUUGUAUGAGCGAUAUCAACCGUAUAAAAAAAUAUUAAAUACAAUGAGAAAGAUAAGCACGAGUACAUAUUCGACGAAUAACGAACGUACUCGAGAUUGCUAGGAAGAUUGCUGUGAUCUUACUUGAAACUUUCUGAUUAUUCUAUUGUGUGUUGCAUAUGGAAUUGUAUGAAUAAGACUGCAGAAAAGAUUCAAAGAGACUCUGCACAGUAUCAUAGUUUCAAUCUGCUGUAACAUUUCAUCUCCAUCACAUGACAUCAUCAAAAAUAAAUUGUAUAUAAGUAUUUAUUCAUCGAA